UGCAUUUUGACCUUAGAAGGGCACAACCAUGCUGUGUGGUCCUGCACAUGGCACUCCUGCGGUGAUUUUGUGGCUUCAUCCUCCCUGGAUACAACAAGUAAAAUCUGGGAUGUUAACAGUGAGCGAUGCAGGAGCACCUUGUACGGACACACGGAUUCUGUCAACAGCAUUGAGUUUUUCCCGUUCUCCAACACUCUCCUCACGGGAUCAGCCGACAAGUCCCUGUCUCUCUGGGACGCAAGAACAAGUAAAUGUGAGCAGUCGCUUUAUGGUCACAUGCAUUCUAUCAAUGAUGCCACCUUCACUCCAAGGGGCCACAUGAUAGCAUCCUGUGAUGCCUGUGGAGUUGUCAAACUAUGGGAUUUUCGGAAACUCUCGGCGGUUGUGUCUAUCGAUAUAGGUCCAAGUCCGGGAAAUGAGGUGAACUUUGAUUCAACAGGUCGAGUUUUAGCUCAGGCGAGCGGCAAUGGGGUUGUCCAUUUGCUAGAUCUUAAAUCAGGGCAGAUUCACAAAUUGCUGGGCCAUGAGACGGAAGCACACACGGUGGUGUUUUCCCACGAUGGACAGAGUCUGUAUUCCGGAGACUCUGAUGGCACGAUUCGAAAGUGGUCUUGAUGGUCAGCAUAUCUUACUGCGGAGGGGUAUUCCCCUCAUGGCUUGAAAAUGCCUCCAGUCGCCCCAAGAUCAGUAAAUGUCUGGUUAAAUAUGCCAGCAGGCAGCAUUUACAAUUUGUUUCAAAAUAUGGUUUGGAUAUGUGCUUUAAUCCUCACUCCAAUUAUUAAAAAAUAAAUAAAAUAGAACUUUCUGUGCAUUGA